UUCUAUAUCUUUCUUUCUUUUUAGAUUAAAGAUUAAAAAAGAAAAGAAAACUAAAGAUUACCUACCUCCUUUUUAAUUAUUUCAGUGCUACCACAAGAAGUUCAUAAUCAAAAUUACAUGUUUAUAAGUUCUCAGGUAUGAAGGUCUGCGAUAUGAUCUAAAUUUUGAUUAUUCAAUACCAUGGGUUCAGGUUUUUGUUUGAAAACAAUUAUAGGGCGAAAGAGGAACAAAGGGCGUAAAUCCAAACAACUCAAGGGUAGUAACGCAUCGGAUGAGCCAAAGGGAGAAAUUUCUAGUGGUAAAGACACCGGUGCUCAUUAUUCAAAUGGAAAUUCUUCAAAAAGGAUUUCUCGUAAAAUUAAGUUCACUGAGAGUACUGCCGCCACCAGAAUUCAGACUGCGUUCAGAGCUCAUUUGGCAAGAAAAGCUCUACGUCGUGUAAGAGGCGCUUUGAGAUUUCAAGGUGUAAUUGAGGGUCUAAGUGUAAAUAACCAAAUAGUAGGGACUUUGAAACAAAUACACUGUUGGAGCAAAAUACAGUCCGAGAUCAGAGCUCGGCGACUGAGUAUGGUAACUCAAGGCCGGAAUAUGCAGAAGAAAAUUCAAAAUCAGCAAAAACUCGACGCUAAGCUUCAUGAGCUUGAGGUGGAAUGGAGCAGUGGUGCUGAAACAAUGGAAGAAAUAAUCCAGAAGUUACAACAAAGAGAAGAAGCUGCAAUUAAAAGGGAGAGGGCAAUGGCUUAUGCUUUUUCUCAUCAGUGGAGAGCCAAUUCAAACCGAUAUUUUGGACAAGCAUAUUAUGAUCUUGGCAAGGAUAGCUGGGGUUGGAGUUGGAUGGAGCGUUGGAUCGCAAUUAGACCAUGGGAGACCAGAGUUCAAAACUCCGUAAAUCCAAAAAUCUCUCACUCCCACCAAAUUUCCAAGAUAACUAAAACUACAAAUUUGGGACCUAUGAAACUAGUUGUCUCUGUUAAAAAUCCAUCCAUUUCAAAAGGAAGAAAGUUGUCCAUCUCUGUUCCUGAGAAUCAAGCUUCCCAAGAAGCUGACAUUUGAUUGGCCAACUCAACUUAUACUUGAAAAAUAUUACCUUUUUAGGUACCAAAUCCACAUAAUAUAACCCUACCAAUAUGUUGUCAAAUUGACAUUUUUAUUCUUUUGCUUUGUUUAUUUAGUGUGAUUCUGGAAUUGUGCCUUGAAUUUUUUAUAAGAUACAAGUGGUGUAAAUGAUGUACUUGGUGAUGGAAACUUUUUGUUUUAUGUUAUUCGUUUUUUGAUUGAAUGUAUUAUAAUAUUUUUUAUGUGAUGCACGAACGGUAGAAGGGUCAAGUCAA